AUGGCACCCCCGACUAUGACUGCAACUUCAGCCCCAUCUACGGGCGAUGCUACCAUGUCGCUACGCAGCGCUCCAAUCGACGGUGUGGCGAAGGAUGAAGCUCCAGAGAUGACCAAGCUCCGCGCUACAUUUCCCAAACCACCUGUAUUUGAAGACAAGGUCAAGGAGCGAGAGUACCUCAAAGGAAGGCUUGCACUCGCAUUCCGCAUCUUUGCAAAAUACGGCUACGAAGAGGGUGUAGCAGGACACAUCACGCUACGAGAUCCGGUCGACCCUACGACAUUCUGGGUCAAUCCUUUUGGCGUGCCAUUUGCCCAUAUCCGGGCCUCGGAUCUCAUCCAGGUCGAUCAUGAAGGUACUGUCAUCGCGGGAGGGGAGAUCCGCCGCCUAAAUACUGCUGCGUACAUGAUUCACGCUGCCGUCCAUGCCGCCAGACCAGAUGUGCAGUGUGCAGCUCACAGUCACAGUAUCUACGGCCGCACAUUUUCCACCCUCGGAAUCGAAUUGGACAUUACGACUCAGGACUCUUGCGCCUUCUACAAGGACCAUGCCCUGUAUGCACAGUUUAAAGGCAUUGUUCUAGGCAAAGAGGAGGGGCUAAAUAUUGCUAAAGCCCUCGGAGGCAAGAAGGCAGCUAUUCUGCAAAACCACGGUCUUUUGACUGUGGGUAGAUAUAUCGAGGAGACCGUUUUCUGGUUCUAUGCGUUGGAGAAAUGUUGCUAUAGCCAGCUCCUGGCCGAUGCAGCCGCCAAGGGACGAGGCAUCGAGACUGUAAAGAUCCCGGAUGAAGAUGCCCAAUACACCUACAAGCUGAUCGGAACGCCAUUCGCCGGGUAUUUUAACGGACUCCAGCUGUACGAAGUCGUCGAGAGAGAGAUGAACGGUGCUCACUUGCAGUAG